CACACACACCACCACACCACACUCUGACCAGCAGAGAACCGUUUGCUUCCAUUCUACUUAUCUACAUUGCGCUGGAGCGUACGACUCUUGAUACUGUUUCCUUCACGGCGUCUCAUAUUAACUGUUUGCCCACCUGUGUGGACCAGCACUCCAGUUUUGUAUUGUGAGGAUAAUUUAUUGUCCGUGUGGUGUCUUCUUGACCAUUCUAAGGUGUUCCCGAUGUUUAAGUUCUGCUAAUGCGGAGUUCAACAUUUCGGAAUGUAUGAGACUACGCUGUGUUGAACAAGACGGUCCCGUGUUCCUUUUGCAAAACGCCGUAUUUUUUUGGGAGAUUUAAAACAUGGACUAAUAUAAAUUAACGAUGGGGUAUUUACAGUUUCUGGUUGUAUUCGGAAUAUUUUUCGUCUUUGGAGUUGUAGGUUUCGGUGUCGAUCCUUCGUUGCGCAUCAACGUGUUCCAUGAUUUUGUCCCCGGGGCCGAAUUCGAGGGAGUUUCUCAGGUCCAGGGGUUCCAUGAUGAGUCGAGAGCCUUCCUCUUCCAAGGCUCCUCUCGGGGCGUGCGGUUGCCGGCGGCGACGGCGCAGCGGAUGCUGCAGAAGUUGAGGGGUAGAAGUGAGUUCACCGUGGCAGUGACUCUGAGGCAGGAGAAACUCAACUCCGGGGCCAUGCUCUCCAUCCACCAUGCUGAGCAGAGGUUUUUGGAGCUGGAGAGCAGUGGACAGAAGAAUGAGGUGCGUCUCCAUUUCCAGGUCAAAGGACAGCAGACGCACACAGAGGUUUUCCCCUACACGCUUGCAGAUAACCAGUGGCACAAAGUGGCAGUGGCCAUCAGUGCCUCCCAUGCCACCCUUUACGUGGACUGCAACAGAAUCUAUGAGAGAGUGGUGCCUGUCCCCCUCAUGGACAUACCAGGAGACACGUCAUUCUGGAUUGGACAAAGGAACGGCGCACAUGGCUUAUUCAAGGGAGUGAUGCAAGAUGUCCAAAUACUUGUGAUGCCUCAGGGUUACAUCACCCAGUGCCCAGACCUUAAUCGCACUUGUCCGACCUGUAAUGACUUCCAUGGGCUUGUACAGAAGAUAAUGGAACUCCAAGAUAUCCUUGCUAAAACAUCCAGCAAGCUGUCGCUGGCAGAGGAGAAGAUGAACGGCCUGGAUAACUGCUAUUGUGAGCGAACGUGCAGCGUGAAGGGGGUGACCUACAGGGAGGACCAGUCCUGGACAGAUGGCUGCAAGAACUGCACAUGCUCGAAUGGUACAGUCCAGUGUGAAACACUGGUGUGUCCCCCUUUGGAGUGUCCUGAUGGUUCAAUCCCUGCCUAUGUGGCAGGACAGUGUUGCAAAAAAUGUCAGCUUAUGUGCCUGUUUGCUGGGCAGGAGUUGGUGGAAGGGGACAGAAGAGCUGUGCAUCACCCCAGUGGACUUUGCCAGCUCUACAAAUGCAGGGGCCGCACCAUGCACCGAGUCCAGAGCGGUGACUGCCCCGAGCUCCACUGUCCUGAGGCACAGCAGGUCACCAUUACCGACAGGUGUUGCAAAAUAUGCAGAGGCCAUGACUUUUGUGCGGAGGGCCACUUCUGCACAGAACACUCGGAUUGCUUAAACCUGGACGCCGGAGCCAGCUGCAGCUGUAAGGAGGGAUUCAGGCCACUCCGCCAGGACAACGCCUACUGUGAAGAUAUAGACGAGUGUGCGGAGGGGAAGCAUUACUGCAGGGAGAACACUAUGUGUGUGAACACACCCGGAUCCUUCAUGUGCAUCUGUCAUACUGGAUACAUCCGCAUCGAUGACUACUCCUGCACUGAACAUGAUGAGUGUGUGUCAGGGCAGCACAGCUGUGAUGAGAAUGCAUUGUGCUUUAACACCGUUGGGGGGCACAGCUGUUCCUGUAAGCCUGGCUACAUGGGCAACGGCACAGUCUGCAGAGCGCUGUGUGACAGUCUGUGCCUGAAUGGUGGCUCCUGCAUCUCUCCCAACGUGUGUGUGUGCGCUCAGGGCUUCACCGGGCAGAGGUGUGAGAGAGAUAUCGAUGAAUGUUCCGAGGGAUUUGUGGAGUGUGACAGUCAUGCUACCUGUGUGAACUUACCUGGCUGGUACCACUGUGAGUGCCGCGAUGGAUACCAUGAUAAUGGCAUGCUCACAGUCAAUGGAGAGUCUUGUGAAGAUAUAGAUGAGUGUAAAUCGGGCAGAAGUACCUGUGCCAAUGACACCAUCUGUUUCAACCUGGAUGGCGGGUACGACUGCAGGUGUCCCCAUGGACACAACUGCACUGGCGACUGUAUCCACGACAACAAGGUGAAACACAACGGUCAGAUCUGGGUCUUGGACAAUGACCGGUGCUCCGUCUGCUCAUGCCAAAUGGGACAGGUGAUGUGCAGGCGUAUGGUGUGUGACUGCGAGAACCCCACCGUGGACCUGUUCUGCUGCCCGGAGUGUGACCCACGCCUCAGCUCCCAGUGCUUGCACCAAAACGGUCUGCUCACCUACGCCAGCGGAGAUAGCUGGACUGAAAACUGCCAACAGUGCCAGUGUCUGCAGGGCGAGGUGGACUGCUGGCCCGUGUCGUGCCCACCGGCAGAUUGCGACUUCAUGCUGGUGCCCGAAGGCGAGUGCUGCACCCGCUGCGUCUCGGACCCAUGCCAGGCACAGAGGGUCCGCAACGACAUCACCAAGACGUGUGAGGAUGAGCAUGGCAUCACGCGCUUCAGCGGAUCUUCCUGGGUCAAACACGGCACAGAGUGCACCCUCUGCCAGUGCAAGAAUGGACAUAUCUGUUGCUCAGUGGACCCCAUGUGCCUUUAGCUAUAACCCUGAAUGCUAAAGGCAUUUGUACAGUGUUUCUCCAUUUAAAAGAAACUCACCCUUUUCACUUUGCCCCAAAUCUACUUUAUACCAAAUGCAAAAUGUGUAUUAUACCAAACUGAUGACAGAGAACCUCACUGUUCAUAUCAGGAGGAAACCAUUUCUUCACGUUGAUGUGAAAAAGCUCAUCUGAAGUACUGCUCUGUAUACAAUGCUAUAUACACUGGCAUGGCCACACUGGAUGUUAAAAAGCAUAUUCUUUCAUUUCUAACACUUUGCCAAAACAGAAGUAGGGACCCUAGAUAUUAAGUAAACGUUAGUGCACUUCUGUCCGCCACAUGGAAGUUGGCUAUAUUUUGUGAUUCCAUAGCACUUUUUUUUACACUUUACUGUCUUUUUCUUUUGUUUUAUUUCACAGAUUUAAAUGAUUCUUCCGCUUGCUCUUGUCUAAUAGUGAAAUAAAGUAUUUCCAUUUCCAUUUA